AUGCCUCUGGCGCUGAUGGACCAGUACCUGGAGCCGAUAGGCGGCGCCAGCGGCGCGGUGGCGCUGACCGCCGUGGCCGCCGCCGCCACCUACUACUACUCGCACCAGCCGACCCCGCUCACGCCUCUGGUGGACCUGGAGCUGCAGGCGGCAGAGGGGCCCGAGCUCGUGAGGAAGUCUCGCAUACCGUACGCCGGCGCCAAGGAUGGGCAGUACUUCAAGUACCUGGACGAGUCGUGCAAAACCAUGUUCGACGCCUUCCGACGGGGCGCUAAGCUGUCCAACAACGGUCCGUGCCUGGGCUGGCAUGAGGACAAGGACAAGCCGUACCAGUGGCUGGCCUACAACGAGUCGCUGCUGCGCGCCAAGAACUUCGCCGCUGGCCUGCUCGCUUCCGUACGCGUGUCCAGCGCGCGCCGGUGA